ACCUUACACGCUAACAAGACAGAAUGUAAUUUGAAUCACUACCGCAGAAGAACCGCGGGAGUGAUGGCGGGGGCCAUGGGGUGUUCGGAGACGUCUACGUAAUGCUUCCAAAAGAGAUGGGCAUCGAGAAAGUAGAUAAAUUUGAUGUUCGAUUUCAACUGCCUGACAUCAAGCACGUCCUCAGGGAAUUUUUGGGGACUAGAGAGGUUGGUGAGUUUGUAAGUGGGGCGCUAGCAGGGGCUAUGACUAAAGCUGUACUUGCUCCCCUUGAGACAAUCAGAACAAGAAUGGUGGUUGGUGUUGGGUCGAAAAACAUCAUGGGAAGUUUCUUGGAGGUAAUAGAUCAGCAGGGUUGGCAGGGGCUAUGGGCUGGGAACGGAAUCAAUAUGCUUCGUAUAAUCCCUACGCAAGCAAUUGAGCUUGGCACAUUUGAGUGGGUAAAACGGUCAAUGACUUCAUUGCAAGAGAAAUGGGAGCAAAAGCAAUGCCCCAAGUUGCAGAUAGGUUGCAUCGAUUUGAACUUUUCUUUGUCUUGGAUUUCUCCAGUUGCUGUGGCUGGUGCAGCUGCUGGAAUCAUGGGCACACUUGCGUGCCAUCCCUUGGAAGUGUUGAAGGAUAGGUUGACUGUAAGUCCUGAGACCUACCCUAAUUUAGGUCUUGCAGUUAGCAAAAUUUAUAAAGAGGGUGGCAUUGGUGCUUUUUAUUCUGGCAUUUCACCUACAUUAAUUGGCAUGCUCCCAUACAGUACGUGUUAUUAUUUCAUGUAUGACACCAUGAAGCAAUCUUACUGCCAGUCUAAAAAUAAGAAGUCGCUAAACCGGCCAGAGAUGCUUUUGAUUGGAGCUCUAGCAGGUUUUACUGCAAGCACAAUCAGCUUCCCCCUGGAGGUGGCCAGAAAACGCCUUAUGGUAGGAGCUUUGCAGGGUAAGUGCCCACCACACAUGGCGGGGGCACUUGCGGAAGUUGUACGAGAAGAGGGUCUGUUGGGGCUUUACAGGGGAUGGGGUGCUAGCUGUUUGAAGGUCAUGCCAUCCUCAGGCAUCACCUGGAUGUUCUAUGAAGCAUGGAAGGACGUUUUGCUUGUCCACAAGACUCAUUCUUUAUAGUUUAACAAGAACUGGAUGAUUGUUUUUGUAGUAGUUGCUCGCUAACUGGUUCUUGGGGCUUUCUUCCUGUUGGUAUGGAAGUCUCGGGAAGGUUCCAAGGUGGGGAAAGUUUUCGAUUUAUUGUGAGGAUGAUUAAAGUAAUUCAAGUGUGGUGGGUGGAAUGGGUUUUUCCUAAGGUUCAAAAAAA